AGGGCCCGGACCCCUCCCCGCCCCGGGGCCGGCGGGAUUGGGCCGGCAGGGGGCCAGCCCGGAAGCCGGCUUCCUCCAGGCUCCCCCUCUCGCUGCUGCCAAGCCGCCUGGCAGCCAGGCUGGCCGGGCGUUCGUUCUGCGCUCCCUGCCGAGGAGAUGUGAGGGCUUUUCUCUUGGGGGAGAAAUCGGUGGUCGAGCGCCUGCCCAAAUCACAUGCCACCCUGCUCAGAGCGAAGUCUCCACCCCAGGGAUCCCCGAGGGAGAGCAAGGUCACACCUGAGGACAGCCAGGAGGACUUCGCAUCUUGCCACCUUCCUUCCAAAGGCUCCAGACCCAAGUUCUGCGUCCUCCAGCCCCACGUUCCCCUGGCCAGACCCUCCACUGCCCCUCCAGGCCAGCGCAGUUCUGGAGCUCACCUCCAGGACCUGGAGCCUGCCCUCCUGCCCAGAAUGACUCACCAUUAUUUCUCGCUCAAGUGAGAAGACGUGAUUUGUGUAUCGGGCUGCCUAUUUGUGUAUCUAGGAUUCCCACGGUAUCUGAUCAGCUCUUCCAGGAAGAGAGCUUCAGGUUCCUGCCUUGCCAGCACAGGGCAAUCUGGACCGUUCUUGAGAGACUGCCACCUGCUUGCCUCUGAUCCCCAGCCAGGUUACAAAGUGAAGCCGAGGGAGGCUGUGUCUCUGGUCCUCAGCGAGCCCUCGGGGCUCUCCUGCAGGACCCCAGGCCAAUGCUUCUGUGUUUCCUGGGGCCGGAAGCAGCACCCUGAGCUCCCUGCCACCAGGCAGCUGGAAGGCAUAGUGUGAGGCCCUUCUCUCAGCCCCAAUUAUGACAGUGGCCACCGGAGAGCCAGCGGAUGAGGCUGCCGCCCUCCCCGGGCCCCCGCAGGACACGUACGACCCCGAGGCCGACCACGAGUGCUGUGAGAGAGUGGUCAUCAACAUCUCGGGGCUGCGCUUUGAGACCCAACUCAAGACCUUAGCUCAGUUUCCAGAGACCCUCUUAGGGGACCCAAAGAAGCGGAUGAGGUACUUUGACCCCCUCCGAAACGAGUACUUUUUUGACCGGAACCGGCCCAGCUUUGACGCUAUUUUGUACUACUACCAGUCUGGGGGCCGCUUGAGGCGGCCCGUGAACGUGCCCUUGGACAUCUUCUCCGAAGAAAUUCGGUUCUAUGAGCUGGGAGAAGAAGCGAUGGAGAUGUUUCGGGAAGACGAAGGCUACAUCAAAGAGGAAGAGCGUCCUCUGCCCGAAAAUGAGUUUCAGAGGCAGGUGUGGCUUCUCUUUGAAUACCCAGAGAGCUCAGGGCCUGCCAGGAUUAUUGCUAUUGUAUCUGUCAUGGUGAUCCUGAUCUCGAUCGUCAGCUUCUGCCUGGAGACCCUGCCCAUCUUCCGGGAUGAGAACGAGGACAUGCACGGCAGUGGGAUGACCUUCCACACCUACUCCAACAGCACGAUCGGCUACCAGCAGUCGACUUCCUUCACUGACCCUUUCUUCAUCGUAGAGACCCUCUGCAUCAUCUGGUUCUCGUUCGAAUUCUUGGUGAGGUUCUUUGCCUGUCCCAGCAAAGCCGGCUUCUUCACCAACAUCAUGAACAUCAUUGACAUCGUGGCCAUCAUCCCCUACUUCAUCACCCUGGGGACGGAGCUGGCUGAGAAGCCGGAGGAUGCCCAGCAGGGCCAGCAGGCCAUGUCGCUGGCCAUCCUCCGUGUCAUCCGGUUGGUAAGAGUCUUUAGGAUUUUCAAGUUGUCUAGACACUCCAAAGGUCUCCAGAUUCUAGGUCAGACCCUCAAAGCCAGCAUGAGAGAAUUGGGCCUCCUGAUAUUCUUCCUCUUCAUCGGGGUCAUCCUUUUCUCUAGUGCUGUCUAUUUCGCAGAGGCCGAUGAGCGAGAGUCCCAGUUCCCCAGCAUCCCGGAUGCCUUCUGGUGGGCAGUCGUCUCCAUGACAACUGUAGGCUAUGGAGACAUGGUUCCAACUACCAUUGGGGGAAAGAUCGUGGGUUCCCUCUGUGCAAUCGCAGGUGUGUUAACCAUUGCCUUACCGGUCCCCGUCAUAGUGUCCAACUUCAACUACUUCUACCACCGGGAGACAGAGGGAGAGGAGCAGGCCCAGUACCUGCAAGUGACGAGCUGUCCAAAGAUCCCAUCCUCCCCUGACCUGAAGAAAAGUAGAAGUGCCUCUACCAUUAGUAAGUCCGAUUACAUGGAGAUCCAGGAGGGGGUAAACAAUAGUAACGAGGACUUUAGAGAGGAAAACUUGAAAACGGCCAACUGCACUUUGGCUAAUACAAACUAUGUGAAUAUUACCAAAAUGUUAACUGAUGUCUGAUUGAAACCUAUUAACCUACCCGCAGCUCCAUGGAAUACUGCAGAUACUGCAUAAAUAGCCUGCAUUGUAGUCAGUGUGUUCUACAGUGUGUAUCUGGUUCUGCAUGGAAAGCAAAUAGUGCAAGUGACUUUUGAUCUUUUGAUUUUUGAUUUAGAACACAGAAUAUCUAUCCCUGGCUUUCAUGCAAAUCUUCAUCACUGGCCUAGGGGGUUCUAAACAGGGGAGUCACCUAUGGAGCCAGAAUUUCAGAAAGACACAUUGGGGCCACCUCUUAGCAAAUACAUAACCCGCCCCAUCUGUACCAUCUUCCCUCCCGAAUUAAACGCGCACAAUACCCGGGGAGACACACCCCACCCCUCCCGAGCCUCCGGGCCCCCAAGCCCCUGGUCCCAUAUGAGCCCACCUCCCCCUUCACAGAGGAAAACCGUGGUGGCUUAGCUUGAAAGCACCAGGAGUUAUUCAAAAGGUCAUUUCCCAUUUUUGCAUUGAAAAGAACACACAGUCUUGCAUAUUAGAAUUACUUUCUGUGUCACGGGCUGGGGUUUGUGAAUUACAGUUGCCCAAUGGGUGCUCCGGAGGCUUGUGUUUCAUAACGGAAAAGUCUGCUUUUGGUUUUUCUCUGCAGUGUGGAUGUGGGGGAACCCCAGGGGGAGGGACAGUCAGGAUGACCAAAGGCAAGUUGUCCAGUUGCACGUUCACCCUUAGGCCGAUGGGGAGAAGCUAAUGGACCAAGGGACCUCUCAGCUUCGGACCUCACCAUUUUUGCAGGCUUCGGAGUCACAAAACACGCCCGAUUUCUGCGUUACGCUGGAGUUCGCAGACACCUGCUUUCCUAGCGCGGUGCUGGUGGCCCUGACACCACAGCGCAGUUUCCAGUGAUGCGAUAGAGCUGCAUGGGUGUGUGUUGCAUGAAUCUCAGUAGUUAAAACACAGGAGAUAACCUAUUUUCCUAGUAGCCUACACAGUAUUCAUAGAGUAUCAAUAGCCCCGGAGUGGCAAGGAGCUAGGGGUUUGUUUUGUUUUUUUUUUUUUUUUUGGGGGGUUUUUUUUUUCCCCAUCAGAGGACAAAAGCCCUCAGUCAGGAGAAAAAAAAAAAAAAGAAGAAGAAGAAGAGACUAUUUGGAAUGGGGAACCACGACUUCCGGCUCUCCAGCCGACCCCAUCCCCCUUCUUCUACGUCGGGGCACAGACCUUUUGCAAAGCCUGGAAAGGGAGCAGGGAAAGCAGUGCCCCAAACACCUCACAUAACUGUACCUUACGAUUGAACUUAGUCAUGGGCAUGACUCUAUAGCUGACCAGGGCACCUGGUCCCGAGGACAGGCGAAUUUGUGGAUCCAGUGUAUAUAAAUAUAUGAGUAUCUCUUUCACGAGUUCCUCUACCUAGCUAGCUAUAGAAGAAAUUGCAUUUGAACCUUGUAUAAGCUUAUGCAAUAUUUCUGACACAGGGCAAUUUAUGCAUGUGUUUGACUAUGUGCACUAGCGUAUGUAUGUAUAUAUUAUGUAUUAUAUACAUACAUACAUAUGUGUGUGUAUGUAUAUAUGCACACACACACACACACACACACACACAUAUUCAUUCUCUGGAGUUCAGGUUCAGGAGCAAAUCCACUGCUUGGUGGGUUGGUUGUCUGAGCGGCCUAAUGGGUUGGUUUGUCUCAUUGAUAACCCCACUGGGACUGGGUUUGCUGCCAUUGCCUCAGACACUCCAGUCUUCAUGGAUUCUUAGAUGUUAGAAUUGUCUCUCUGCCCUCCAUGUGCUGCAGCUUCAGUUCCCCAUGGCUGAAGCUUGUCUCACCGAGUACACAAGGGCCCAUGGCCCUCACGGCUCCAGCUGCCCUGGGCCACACCCGCCCCAGGCCUCUUCUCUACAGCCCAUCAUGUUCCAUCAUCUCCCUUCUCAUCUUUGCCCGCCCUCCUCAGUUUUUCUUGUCAUUUGGCUCUGCAUCAGUCACUUUAAUGACCCUUUCCAUAAAGAGCCAGAAUGGAUCUCCUUCUUGAAACCAGGGACCCAGUGCCACAGGUCUAGACUUGAAGGGAGCUUCCUCAGUGUGGAAACUCCAGAAGUCCCUGGCCAAGGGAUGGAGACACUAGAUGAUCCACGGGCAUCAUUUCAAUGGCCCAGCUCAAACUCUCUCCCCAUUGCACUGGCAACCAGAGCUGCUUAAAUAAUCAUUCCGUGCCCUGGGACAGAUUGAGAGGGAAUGAGCACUUUGCCUAAGGGUGGAGUUCAGGCUGGCCCUGGAAUGGGUUGAGGUGGGGAAGCUUCCGCCUUCCAGACUGGGCUUCCUCACCUUUUGACAUAAUAGCUUGUAUUUCCCAAACACAGUGAGUUGUGUGGUCAGGUCGCCCAGCCUCGGCUCCAGCCCUAGCCUCACUGUUGGCUGUUUAGCUCCUACAGUUACCUUGGGGGUGGGGCACCAGCUCAGGGUGCUAGGCCCAGGGUGCUCAUUAGGUCCUGGUCACCCACAUCCCCAGGGAUCUGCAGGAUGCCCCAUGCCCAGCGUGAAGCCUCUAUGCUUCUCUUCCUCUCCUUCAUGGGAGGUGGUGCUGAAUUUCCAAGACAUGGGGUGGGAAGGGCGCAGACCCUGGGAAACAGAUGGUAAAACAACCCAUACCCAAGGCCUCGGUCAGGGGGAAGAUCUCCUAUCCUGUUGGUCUUGACGGGGGCGGGGGCGAGGGGGAACUAUAAAAUAUCCACAGGUGCAGGCACAAUGCAUACACACCCACCGCAAAAUAGAUACACUGUUGCCGCACACUAAUACAAAAUGCACAGAGGUCAAUUACUGAAAAGGGCAUACACAGAUGAUCUGUAACUACAGCUGUCUCCAAAAUAGGCAUAUUCAGCACAGACCUAGAACAUACUUACCAAUACAGAACAUAACACAGAAGAUCUACGCAUAUCACAUACAAGGACACAACCACAACUCAGAUGCAAAAUGCAUAAAAACCACAUGAACACAAUGGGUAUGUAUACACAGGACACCAAGGAUAUUUUAUAUUGUUUCUGCCCACCAAAUACACACAAACUCAGUUUAUACACACAGUGCAUUUACUCAUAUGAGGCACACAACAUACAGCACACACACCCAAGCACAUACACACAUAAUGCACAUGGAGGGUACACCUAUACUCAGCUCUCUCUCUCUACCCCCAAAGCCCUAAAUCAGUAGGCACAAACAAAAGAUGAGAUUUCACCACCUUUCCCUAGCCUGCAUCUGUACUCCCCCAAUAGCCUUCAAGAAGCCUCUUCUUCUACCCUCUUCUCUUUCUCCCACUUCCAGAUUUCAGAGAAGUAACGCCCCUGAGGUUUAAAGCAAAAAGAUGAGCCACCAUUGUUAAAGCAGAUCUCGGAUUAAGACUGGGAGUCUCAUAGGGCUUCUCCUUAUUCACCUUCCUCCCACCAGAAAUGUGGGUAUGGAAGGACCUGGGACAGCCAGCAGCCUAUUAACACACACCUCCUUGCCAUCCCCUAGCCUUUGGAGCAAGUCCACAUAGACAACCCCCUUGCCCAGGCUCCCCUACUCCCAACCCCUGGGAUCUCUAGAUUCAGCUCCAUUCUCUUGAAAGCAGUGAUGGCUCAAGAAACUGCAGGGUCCUGAGCCCAAAACCGGAGUGAAGAUGCCCCCAACAUUCUGUCAGUCCUCAGACCUCACUGCCCUUCCAUUACCAAUGGCUUUGUCAGGGGCAGGUCAGAGAAAGUCGAGACCACACUCAUUUUAAGACUUGUCUCUUAAAAUGAGCCCCCUUUCCUUGCUUGUGCAUCUGACUUGCUCUUGGGCAUAAGCCCAGUGGGGUCAACUCCUGAGUCCCCUUUAUGGGGGUCCAAUCCCAGGCAUGCUCCUCUCCUUCGCCGGGUCUCUACCUGGAUGCCCUGCCUCCCAUCCAAUUUGCUGCGCCUUGAGGAAACGCUCGCUAGUUCAGCUUAUGAAAAACACGAUUGAGGAUGGGAACCUAAUGCCACACAAGCAAGCAACAAUUUUUUAGAAGGCCUGAUUUUUAUCCUGCAUUCUAAGGCCAGAUUUAAAUGCUUCAUAAGAUUCCUCUUUGGCGCACAGAGCUGCUGCUUCCCACUGGUAGCUGGGUGCUUGUUGGCCAAGGUGUCACCUCAGAAGGAAAUUGGGAAUUGAAGUCAGGCAUUGGCUCAGGCAUGUCCGUCUUUACUCCUGUGGCCCUCCCAGGUAUGUCCCUCCUAACGAUGGCCACAGCUCCCAGUCUCCACGGAGGAAGCACCAGCAGCAGGGAAUGGACGCAUGGGGUCCAGUGUGCAUGUUCAGGGCAAGACGCCAGGCCUUUUGCGCGCUCCCAAGUCAAGGGAGCAAUUCUCCCUUCAGGUUCAGCAGGUGUCUCCAUGAGCUCAAACUUUCAAGUAUGUUAGAGUUUUCAGGAGGCUAAAGAGAAAGAAGUCCAGGAAAGGUGGGGAGAUGAUCAGGAAGAGAGGGUCAAAUUGCAGCAUAAACUCUGCAGGAGCUGAAACUUAGCUGAGGACAUAAUUAAGGCUCUCUGCUUCCUGAAGCUUCCAUGGUGUCGGACACACUGUCUGCCUUCCUCUCUGCUUCCCUCUGUCCCUCUCAGCUGGGCUUCUGAGGAUGGAAUAGGCAUGUCACCAGGAGGUUAGCCUUUUGAAAGGAGCCCCCAGGGAGUGUGCCUCCAAACUCCAUUGGCUGGAUGUGGAAAGGACUCCAUGAGAGCUUUGUUGGCCUGAGUACUCAUGUGGCUGUCUCAGGUGGGGAGGCUUGCAGGACUGGCUCGUCCUAUCUGCUGUCCCUGGAUCUCUCACUCCGUCGUAGUGAGGACUUUGGCCAACUUACUUCCUCAGAGUCUGCCUAAAAUAUCAAUGAUAACCCAUGUUGAGAGAGGGAGUGCCCUCUGAAGAGUCUCAGGGUGGGGGUUUAGUGCGGCCCACAGUAGGGGAGGAAAGAAGAAGAGGUGGAGGCUGACUUUCCCCCAAAGGAGACGGUAGGACAGUUUGCAUAUUGCAUAUGAGGGUAGCACCAUAGCCCCCACGGCAGGCAGGAGGAGCAUGGGGCUUUGAAUGGUUUACCCAGGGGUGAGGAUGGUGAGCUCUGCUCCAGCUCUGGCUUUCCUAGGGGCCAUUAUCGUAACAGCCUCCAUGUGGGUGAUGGCUGCCUGGUCUGAGAGGCUGGUCCACAUAAGCUGUAAUGCCUGGGCUGCUCCUUGGCUACCCAGAAGAGGUCCCCCAGCCUCGGCAAAGUGUCCAUUGCCAGGUUUGAACGCAUGACCUUAACCUCUAACAUCGUUAGCCACCUGAGCCAACUAGCAGGGUGCUGGAUGCUGGGAGGUGUCCACGUGGCUAGCAGGACCAUCAUCUGUAUCUUCAGAGUCCGCCCUUGUUGAGACCAGCCCCGUUUCCUCAUCAAAGCAGCAAGCAGGGUUGGGGGAGGGGAAGGGUCCUCUACAAGCUGGGAUGGGUCUCUUUCUCAAACCGAUCUAGAUCACUUUUCUCUUUUUUCUGCUUCCCUUCCCGCCAAAGCUCAGCUCCAUCUCUCCUAGUUUGUGUUCGAGUAUUUUUAACGAGGAAAUGUGCAAUAAACUAAAUAGUGACUGUUUUCUUUAGCAAUAGCUAUUUCAAAACCAUGUUCUCAGGACUGAAAAGUGAUAGUACCUGGAUUAUCAGAUAAUGCCCUUGGCUUCAGGGCAUUAGCUCCCUGUCUGUGGCUCCCUCUUCCUCCCGCAUGUUCACACGACCCCUGUCCUCAGGGGCUCUGACCCUCCUUGGGAAGGUAAACCUCUGCAGAGGUGCAAUGCAUGCAUGUAUGCACGUAUGCAUGAGGAAGGUCCGAGAGAAGGCUUUCUUUUUCGCUCUCUUUCCCACGUGCACGGCUCUCUGUCCCUGUGUGCACCUCAGUCCCUCUCUCCCUCCCGCCUACCCCUGUCUGCCAGGGCAUUCUCACAACCUGUAGGCCCUGCAACCUUGAGUUUGGGUGACCUCACGCCAGCCCAUCUCGUUGACUCUCAGUCAAUCUGGCAGGGUGUAAUGGAACCCUGCAGGAAAGCACUUACCAAUAGAUAAGAAUAAAGCAUCCUGAGCCAUUACAGAUCACUUCCAUGCACUAAAAGCCAUUACUUGAUCCAUUUGUUUCCCUCCCCCGCCCCCCAGGGAGGUGGAUGCUGGGGGAAUGUGGCCUGGAGGUUCAUACCUGGGAGCAGUAGCCUGGGCAGAUUUGGGGAAGGGCCCUCUGGCUGUCCUUCAAAAUAAGCUGGCUUGCUUCCCCAAAAGGGACUCCAUGAGAGCUGUGGAGGGAAGCAAGUUACUGGGGGGAGAGGUCUAGAGGGGUAGAAAGUGGGUGGUUAGGGCAUGACAUUGGAGCAGCAAAAGCCCCACCACCCCACUACCGUGUGCAGUUGCACAAAUAUUUGCACACGUUACUGGGGGCUUCAGAAGAAUCCCCCUCUCCUGAAAAAAAAAUCUAUAAGGUUAGAUAUUCAGACUGGACAAUCAAGAAAGGCUGGCAACCCCAGGGUCCUAGUCCAUUCCUUCUCUACGUACCUUGCUCUAUACACAUGUAUACAGCAAAACUGUACUGUUAACUGACGGGGAAAUCCUCAGGGAAGGGAACGUCCCGAUUGCUUUACAAUUAUGGUGGUUUGAGUGGGAAUGGGACCCUGUGUCUGGGUUCAGUCUUUGCUAUUGAAAAAAAAAAAAAAAGCAACCCAUUUCCUAAGUAGGUUAGUAUAAACUUUCCUGCCUUAGCAAGUAGAGUGUUUGAAGACGACAGAAGACCUUGCAUUUGCUCAGGGUCAACACUGUAAACCUCAGCGCUCAUCAUACGGAAGUGCAGACGGAGGAGACCAAAGAGAUAGGCUGAAUGUACGCCGGCCGCAAGGCAUACCGGAAGUUGGCCGUUUGGGCACAUCCUGGCUCACCAGAUAAUGCCCUUGCUGUCAUUUGCCUCUUUCUAUGGAAAGUAUAGUAAGAAAACGUAAUGCUUGCGUUAAUUGAGGUUUGGGUUCGUUGGUCCUGUGUUAUCAGAGGUUUUCCAUAUAUACAUAUAUCUGUGUAUAUGUAUAUAUGUAUACCGUUGUUUCAAAAAUUAUACAGUGACCGACCCCCUUAGCUUCGCUAAUGUGGAAUAAAUUUGGCAAUCCGAGGAAUAAACUGCAUUUAUUUGAAUUUUUAAAUGCCAUCCCUUUGCAUUCUUAACCACUUCUCCAGUUCAGCUCUCUUACUUCUAUGUAGGAACCUCUCUAGAAGGCAAUUCUUUCAUAACAAACGAUCAGGCUCCAGGAUUACCUCUCUCCUCUCCCUCCCAGGUGGCUGCCUGACUCAGGGAUAAAAGGGAAGUCUGAUCUAAGGGCCAGGUGCUUUAUCCUUUGUUCUGCCUGCCCAGGUUGGCUGUAACCUCAUCGCUGAAGCCAAAAAAAGUUAUUCCAAACUUUUGGAUUGGGGGGGUGGGGUGGGGGUGGGGUGGAAAGCUCAAGGACAUCGAGUGGCCCAGGACUGUUCUGUGAGGCUUUCUCUUUGCCAUGGGUGGUGUCCUAGACUUGAAUUUCAGGAGAUCUGCACAUAACAUUUUUGAUGAAGAACUAAAGAACACCUCUGCCCCGUGGAAGGCGAGAUGUGUGAUAACCAACGGAAGCAACAAACCCACCGUGUUGUCCUGACCGAAUGUAGCUUGUGGGUCUGGGCAGGAGAGCAGCUAUAAGUCCCUGGCCUCUUUGGAGAAACAGCUAGCUCUGAGCUGAACCACGCUCUCACUCUCCAUCUUACCCAGCCGCAUGUUAGACCCAUGGGAGCAAGCUCCAACCUCACGUCCUGCAUGUGACUGUGCACAAUCUACCUGGACGAGGGUGGGAGGGAUUCCUCACUGCUCUCCAGGGUAAUUGGGGCAUGCAGGGGUGACUGCCACCUCCCACCACCCACAGCAGUCCUCCAAUCUAGCCAAGCUGGCCAUGACCCAGUGGGAGAAGCCCAUCACCCAGACUUAGCAUGACCAGCGGGCAAACUGGGGCAGCCGAGGCAGCCUGUCUGGAUGACUGCUUCUUACACUGCAUGAACCUCGGCGUGGAAACAGAUAUGACUCUUUGCUCCUCUGCACUCCUAAAAUAGUCAGAUAUGUUCCAGAUGAGUUUGCAGCUGAGAACUCCCUGCAUCAUUCCAGUGACGGAUGCACAGGGCAGGUGUGGUUACAUAAUAAUGUGGACAGCUGCUGCAUCAUCUAGAUAAUUGAGGGCAGCAUAGGUGUGGCUGUGUUGGACUUUCGGUAGCUACCCAGAGGACUCAGUCCUGUGUCUCUUCUCAGCCCUCGGGAGAGGCUCGGAAGCCCUGCUUCUCCCUAAAAAGGAUCCCCUAGACACUGGCUGCCUUGUUUGUACAAGGGCUGCUGGAGAGAGCGAGAGGUAGGGCUGGGAGGAAGGGAAUAUUCAGGGGCCCACUUUGCUACCAUGCACUUUCCACAUCAGCUGCUGACGUAACUGCCUUUUUCGCUUGUGAAGUGCAGGGCAAGGACUGUGCCCUGCCAGGUAGGGCUGGAAAGGAGCAAAGAGCUGCAGGCUAGGACAUGGGGGAGAAGAGCAAGAGUGUCCCAGCUGGUGUUGGCGAGGGUGAGUGUCAGCUCCAGAGGGUCUGAACAUGCUCUGUGCUUGCCCCAGUUCCGCCUUCACGUGGGAUCCGGCGACCCAGUUUCCUUUUGUUGUCGUGCUUGGAUGAUUCCCUCAUUUGAAGGGCCCCAGGAAGCUGGAAAGUCCCAUGAUCUAGCUCCAGCCUGCUGAGCAAAGAGUGCCCUGGCCAAAUUGGCCCCUGCCUGGGUUUCUGCAUCCCUGCACCCCUCUCUCCACUAAAGGUAAUCUUGGAACAUUCAGAAUUAAUGGUGCCAGCCAUCAAGGAGGAUACUCCACUUUUCAGCAGGGACGGACCUGUAAAGCUCAUGAGUGCAGGAUGCUGUUUCCUUCUCUAGACCUGUGUGCUUAUGUGCUGAUAUGUCUCUGGAGAUUUUAUAUAUAUCACACACAUAUAUAAAACGUGGAAAUGGCCGCUCACUUAGGCUCAUGCAGCAGAGACUCUAAUUAGGGCUUGCACUGGCUUCCUUGCUGCCCAUGCAUGACUCCGCAGCUGCCCUCCCGUGUCCUGUCUCUACUAAUUGCUGAAAACUCGAAAAGCUGAGGCAGAUAAAUAAGCCUCCCUGGGAUCAAUAGGAGAAGGGACUCCAAGGCUGAUGGUAAAGCUUCGUAAGGAUGAUGCCGAAAGGGAACCGUGGUCUCCAUGGUGAUAAGAGGCUGGGGACCAAUGGGAGCUGAAGGCGGAGCAGGACUUGCGGGGAAGACUCAUGGGAGUCAGGGAGGCAUUUAACUGUUUGCUCCGUGAAAAUUGAGACACCAGCUGUAAGUGCAUUGCACAGGAUGUGUAGGUAUUAUCAUUCUUGCUGACAUAUUCUGGAAGCUUUCAGCCCCACCAACACUGCCCCACCCAGGACUUCUGCAGCUGAGAGUUCCUGUGUCAGUAGGGUCUGAUAUUUGUACAUAGGUUAUACAUAUGUGUGUAUAUAAAUGCUUCAAUGAACAUCGCCUGUCCACCUGAUUAUGGGUGUACAUAGACUUCAGAGAGCUCCACAGUCUUUUGUAAAUAUCAACACAAGUAAAUAGGUAUAUAAAUAUAUAUAUUACUGAGGAUUUAUUUUAACAUCAUUCUGUGUGAAAUGAAGAAAUAAAAUUUUUGA